AUGUCACCUGCUCCAAUCGCCCAGACUGCCAGUACCUUGCCCUCGUCGCCACCACAGCAGCACCUCACUCCCAACUCGACACCUAUCCCUGCUUCCAAACACUUUGAUGACAUAUUCCACGCCAAGUUCAUGAACAUUAUCCAGGAAUGGAAGAAUGACCCCUCUCGUGGCCAACUUACCCAAAAGGAUCGCAAGACUUUCAUCGAGACUGCGUUUUCCGAAACUGACGAGCUCUACUUUGGCCAACGCGUAAUGUCCGACAAUGACAUUAAGCUUCGCGCUCUGACCAAAGUCUUCUACAAGGUAUUAGCCGAAGAGCCCUGGUCUGAAGACUGGAUACGCGCUCCGGAUGUUGAGCGCAAGCUUUCCAAGUUUGAGAUGCACGAGGACUCGGUUGCACUUGCAAAAAAAUACGGCUUUACCACUCCGCGCGAGGCUGUUAAGGCUGCACGCGAAGCCAGUGUCAAGAAUGCCGAUAUCCUCAAGGAGGCGCAAAAAGAAGGAAAGACGGUCAAAGAUCUCAAGCUCGACCGUGGCCCGUUUGACGACAUUGAGAUUGUGUACAUUGCCGGCACAGUCUCAUCAUCAGCAACAAGCAAGAUUGAUCGCAAUAGCAUCUACCCCGUCUCAGUAUCCUCAGUCGCCAAUGUUCUUCAGAACCAUAUUUGUCGGGACAUGGUGCGGCCUUACUCGAUGGCUGAGCGCUUUGUCAACUGCACUGACACGAGGGGUCUUGAGGAAAUGCGACGUUUUGCUUGCAACGUGUGCGACUUUUGUCCCCACCUCCUUGAUAAUGAUAACGUUAGUCUGCUAGUAGUACUCCUCAUUCUUUCACGGUCGGAUUGCUGUCGCCGUUUUGAGGCCAAUGGCAUCCGUAUUGAGGGCUCGACCAUCAGCCAUCGUAAGGCCGAAUGUAUGAAGAACAAGAUGGGAUGGAGGACCAGCGAGGACAAGAAACCCUACGACAACUUUGCUCAGGAGUUCCAGACACGAGUCAAAAAUGCCUGCUUCCCAGCUCCUAGAGCUCAGCGCAUUGGCGGCCGGAAGCCGGCGCGUACUUCUUCCACUCCUACAGCCACUCCCAUCUACCUCCACAGUCCAGUCGGCUACAUGGCACCUCCCCACGCCCAUCAACACCACGCAAACGCCGGCAUCAACGUUCCUGCUCCACCGCCCUACAAUGGAUUCUCACAGCCAGCGCCCAACACGAUGAAGAUGCAGCAGCCUUUCGCAUCGCCUGGUGGUAGUAAUGCAGAGCCCAUGGAUCUUUCUUAG